UUGGAAGAAGACGAUACUCGGCUAUGGCAAAGGCAUCGGCUUUAGAAAGUACAGAAAAGGACAGGUAUUUGGCACGAAUCAAACAUCUGGAGGAGCAGUUGGCGAAAUGUGAGCUUUCCUGUGAAGAAGAGGAGAAGAAGAAAGCUGACAAUCUUCUUCGGCUCAGCAAGCUGCAGGAGAACAAAGUCAAGAUUCAGCGCUUGAAAAGUGCAGUUUCUGAGGAAGAGAAGGAAAUACGUAACCUGUACAAGCAGCUGAAGGUUGAGCGUUGUGCUGCCAGAGAGGCCGGAGAGAACAGCGAGGCCCGGCAGCAGAGACACGCCCUGCACAAACUCCACAUGCAGGAGAACAUUCAGCAGCUGGAGGCCAAGGCAGCGAUGGAGGCCGUGGCGUUGGACGACAGGGAGGAGAAACUGACGUCCAUGCGCCAGGAGGUGUCUGGCUUGGAGACGAUGCAGAAGCAGGUGGCCGAGCAGGAGGAGACGUACAGGAGCAUCAUCUCCAGCAUGAGGACCCAAGCAGAGGCUGAGGAGCUAAAUCACGCUGACAAAUAUCUGGAGAAGAUGGAGUCUUGGCUAAAGCAGAAAGUUGUGGAAAUGGAGAAGCCAACGCAAGGCCAAUGCUUGAUCGGUGAUGUGGAGGAGAAGGUGGUGCUGUUGCAAGGAGAGCUGGAUGAGUUGGAAGGCAAAAUUGCUGUGAUGCUUUCCAGGAAAGAGACAAAGGCUCUGAAGAAACUGAAACAGCAGAGAUCUGCCUUAGAGACGGACGUGUCUCUGAAAAGGAGGGAACUCAGUGAGCUGCUUGCAGAGAGAAACAGCGUCCGGUCCUCGGAGGCUGAAGCUGCAGCUGCAGCUGCCCGUCAGGACCAGAGCUCAGGCGAUGAGGAGCGCCGGCGACAAGCGGCCGCCCUCAGAGAGCUGGAGGUGGAGCUGCAGGAGCAGAGAAGCACGAAGCAGCAGCUGGGGGACGGGAUUCAGGAGGCCGCCAUCAUUCUGAGACACACCCUGCAGCAAACGGACACGGCGUCUCAGACUGGGAUGAUACGGAGGCUGGUGGAGAUCCUGGACAGCUACGCCCCCCAGGGACAUGGAGGACAGUCCUCUCAUGUCCCGGCUGAGGGAGGACGCAGUGUGCAGUACAGACGCCGCCGCACUCAACUUCAGACAGGAGCAGCGUCUCAGUGUCAGCAGCAGAUGGAGACAAACUACCAGGAACUAGGUGGAGGUUCCAUCCUCCAUCAUCAUCACCUCCAGCAGCAUGUGGUUCAUCAUGAUGCUGCCCUUCUGCUGCUGAGGCUUCAGCUGCGCACUCUGGUGGGGCCGUGCCCCACCGGCCCCUAA